AUUAAGCAUAACUUUGACAUGGAAAACGAUUAACUUUUGACAUCGUUCCUGUUGGGUAGGCCGACGGCGCAUCGAGCAACUUAAAAGGGCAACCAUGGAAUGAUCUGUGGGGUCCGCCUCGAGCGCACCAGACAAGUGGAUCUCAAGUUCUUGGAAGACUCCCCUUGGCUGGUCCGUUGCCAUGGUGUUUGAUAAGGAUGCUGUGAGGCGGCAGAGGAGGCGGGAGCUGGACGCCAGGCGCAGCAAGUCACGGGUUCGUCUGGGCCCCUGCCUGCAUCCCUGGGGGACACUCAAGGACCGCCUCGGCUUCACACUGCACUCAGAACUGGCCCAGUACCUGCUGGACAGUUACUCGUCCAAAGCGUGCAAAACAUGCCAAUCUGGGGGAGAGAUCUGCUGCCUCCGGUUCGCCUGUGAGGAUGGACACGUGUUCUACUGGUGGCCUAGACCUCCAGAGGAUGAGAGGACACAGGCACAGGGGACGGAGGGGUCACGGGUUCAGGAGAUGGAGGGGUUGGUGGAGGGGAAGGGCAGGGCUGAAGCCCCCACAGCACACCCCGCCAGAGGGCCACCAGCACCGGGGAGAAUAAGAAAGAGAGCGGCUGCUGGCGCUAACAGCACGGAGGGAGGAGGUGCUGCUAGCAGGGAGGGGGGAGGAGGUGGCAACUUCACCUCAGGAGGCAUGAGGACCAGGAGUCGUAGAGGAGCAGUGCAGAGUCAGACCACCUGCCCACCUCCUCCAGUUGGGGGCGCUGAGGAGAAGAGUGGAGAGCAGAGUUCAUCCGGGCACACAGCACAAGGCACAGAAUGCACAGAAGAGGGCAGCACCUCUGUGGAGUUCCAUACAGGAAGUGAUGUCAUGGAUCCAGAGUCUCCCGAGGCCUCUCCACACCGCACUGAAUCCGCCACACCACCCACACAGACCAGCACUGACCCCCAGGGGAGGACAGACAGUGAUGACCUCAACACACACAGCACACACAGCAGGAGCACUGACAGGUCCAGUUUGCUGAAAGAUGAGUCUCCACAGACUGGCGAUAAAAGAAAGAGGAAGGCAACCCCCAAGGAGAUGUUUCUCUGCACUUACGAGGGCUGUGAAAAAAUCUUCUCAAGUCGUCAGUACCUCAACCACCACAUGAAGUACCAGCAUGUGCACCAGAAGACAUUCUGCUGCUCUCACCCAUCCUGUGGAAAAUCCUUCAACUUUAAGAAACAUCUCAAGGAACACGAGAAGUUACACAGUAACCAGAGAGACUACAUCUGUGAGUUCUGUGCUCGAGCCUUCAGGACCAACAGCAACCUGCUGACCCACCGACGCAUUCACACAGGAGAGAAGCCACUGCAGUGUGAGGUGUGUGGCUUCACCUGCAACCAGAAGGCCUCGCUCAACUGGCACAUGAAGAAACACAACGCCGAGAGCGGAUACAAGUUCCCCUGUGACAUCUGCGGACGCCGCUUCGAGAAGAGGGACAACGUCACCGCUCACCGCAGCAAGAGCCACCCCGACCACGCAGCCGCUGGCCCCAGCAGUGUCCCACCUGCGGCUACUGCCCCGGUCUCUGGCCCCAGUGUCCCCCCUGCUCUCGCCACUGUAACCGACCCUGCCCUUGAUCCUGUCCUUGACCCCUGCCCUGCUCCUGAUCCUGAUGCUGCCCUUGUCUCUGGCCCCAGUGUCCCCCCUGCCGCUCCUGCCCCUGUCUCUGGUACCAGUUUCCCCCCUGCUCCUGCCGCUGUCCUUAACCCCAACCCUGCCCCUGCCCCUGGCCUUGAUCCGGAUCCUGUCCCUGCCCCCUGCCCUGCUCCUGUGUCCCCUUUACCUCCAACACAUUCCCCUCCUUCGCCCAGCCUUAACACCUCUCCUCUGCCCAGCCCUCACACCUCUCCUCCAGUCCUGGUCCUUGGCCCUCCUGCCUCCCCCGUCCUGGUCUCUCCUCCUCCUGGCUCUCCUCUCCUGGUCUCUCCUCCUCCCCCUGCCUCCCCCGUCCUGGUCUCUCCUCCUCCUCCUGGCUCUCCUCUCCUGGUGCUUCCCCCUGCCUCCCCCGUCCUGGUCUCUCCUCCUCCUCCUGGCUCUCCUCUUCUCCUCUGUCCUCCGUCAGCCGCUGUGGAACCAGUGCAUGACUCACCUUAGAGGAAAGGCAGCAUUGAUCAGACUGAUAAGAAACAGCUUGCAAUGUCAAACAUAUGACAUGACCGUGUCAUAACAGUGUCGCUUAUGUUAAGGACAACCCAAACAAUAUAUGCAUUGUCAAACAUAUGACAUGAUGGUGUCAUAUAACAGUGUCGCUUAUGUGAAGGACGUUUAAUGACCAUGAAACGUUUAUGACCUUGACAUAAUGUUUAUGACCUUGACAUAAUGUUUAUGACACUGUCUUGACACUGUUAUGACACCAGUGUCAAGUAAAGCAUGUGGACAAGGCGCAAUCUUCGGCAGGAGUGGAGAUUCCAAACUAACACUUCCCAGCCGUGUGGACAAGGCAACAAGGCAUAACCUCCAGCCACUGAACUCUACACAAUAAUAGACGUC